GGACGGCGGCGCUGAGGGACGGGCGGGCCCGGCGCUGCCAUGGACGCGUCCCCUGCCCGGCGGCGCUGCUGGAAACGGGAGCAGGCCCGGCUGAAGGCCAGCGUGGUGGAGGAGGACACCGAGGAGUGGCAGAAGGAUCCCGACUUCUCCGGGCUGCAGAGAGUGGGAGGUGUGGAUUUAUCCUACGUCAAGGGGGACGAGAGCCGUGCCUGCGCCUCCCUGGUCGUGCUCAGCUUCCCGGCUCUCGAGGUGCUGUACCAGGAUUGCCGCAUGGUGGCCGUCACUGCCCCGUACGUGGCCGGAUUCCUGGCCUUCCGAGAGGUGCCUGUCCUGGUGGAGGCUGUGCAGAGACUUCAGCAGGAGGAGCCCCAGCUCCAGCCUCAGGUGCUUCUGGUAGAUGGGAAUGGCCUGCUCCAUCCCAGAGGAUUUGGCACAGCCUGUCACCUCGGAGUCCUGACAGAGCUACCGUGCAUUGGCGUGGCCAAGAACCUCCUGCAUGUGGAUGGCCUGGUCAGGGAUGAGCUGCACAGGGAGCAGGUUCGCUCCCUGCAGAGGUCAGGAGAGACAUUCCCACUGAUUGGCACCUCGGGGAAGGUCCUGGGCAUGGUGCUACGGAGCUGCAACAACAGCUCCAAGCCCCUGUACGUGUCCGUGGGCCACCGGGUGAGCCUGGGCACGGCCGUGCGCCUGGUCAGGGCCUGCUGCCGCUUCCGCAUCCCGGAGCCCAUCCGCCAGGCUGACAUCAGGUCCAGGGAGUACCUUCGGAAGCAGCAGCCCUGUGCUCCUGUGCUGGAGGCUGUCCCUGCCAGCCCAGAGAGGUGGGUGUGUGGGCAAGAGGGACCUGCUGUGCCAUUAGCUGCAGUAAUGGCAUUAAAGGUCCAGGCAGGGUGACAGGGUGAGCUCAGUGGGGAGGUGAGGACAUGUGCUGCCUCCAGGUGAUUUCUGCUCCGUGUGGCCACACCUGAGCUGUCCUGAGUGUCCUGAGCUGGGGAAGGGCAGCAGGGAUUUGGUCUUUUUUCAGCACUGGCCAUAAGCAAAGCCCUAACGCCCACAGGUGUGACCUGAGGCUGAGCAGAAAUACCUGCAGGGAGCUGGGUUUGGGCUCCAGCUCCUGGGGGGGUCAGAGUGCCCCACUCUUACAUAAGGUGGGCCCCUGGGUGUCAGCUCAGGGCUGCAUCUCUGGCAGGUCCCCUGAGGUGCAGGAGCUCAAGCUCACCUGUUGUUUGUGCCUGUUGGUUUCUUGUUUUAAAACUACUUUCUCAUUUUUGUUCCCAGCAGCAAAGAGGAGGCUGAGUUGGAGGAUUAGCCUGGUGCCAGCAGAACGUGCAGAGCUCCUCUUGGCUGGCUCCUCUCGUGCACCAAGGCUGGGUCCUGCUGGGUGCACAGGGCAGCACCAGCCACUGCUCAGGGAGAAUCCUUGCUGUGAAUUUCUCAGGGUUUGUUUUCAAGAACUGUUAAAACCUUUGUGUAAGCAAAGGCUCACGUGUAAGUUUGCAACACCUUGCUGGAGUCCUUGGGCAGCUGCAGGGGGUGAUUUACAGAGAUGCUGAGGCAUUCUCUGCAGCCUGGGCUCUGCCAUUUCCUCUGCAAAUCCCUGGGGAGCAGCAGCCCCAUUCCAGCUCCAGGAGAACAGCUCUGCUGCCCAGCUCUCCCUGAAGGAAGGAUCAUCUCAGGGGAAAGGAUGGGAGAAGCCAUUUCCCUCCCAGGAGGAUGGGGAGGUGACUCCUGGCACACAGAGCACUCCAGGUGCCCAGAUCCCAGGGUGGGGGACAGCCCAGCCCAGCUGAGGGGGCACAGGGACAGCUCUGUCCCCUCCCUGCAUGGACACAGAACCUCCUCUGCC